AUGGCAGACUUCGUCAAGGGUCUCUUCGGUGCGCAGAAGCCUAUACAGGCUCCAGUUGCAGGCGAUGACGACUUCGCCGACUAUGCGGGUGCUCCUCAGCCCACGCCGGCUGCCAACCCAGACUUCACUGCUGUCACCGGCGCGGCACAGGCGGCUCCUACGGCCAUGGGCACCAGCCGACCGUACACGGCAUGGUACCGUAUAUGGGAGCGCACAACGGUAGAUGACUUCAAGCUGGAGAUGUACAUCUUGCCCUUCCUCUUCCUUCUCGUCGUCGUUCACGUCUGGGGCACCAAGACCAACCGCAAGAAGGCCAAGUCAUGGAUGAAGGCCCACGCGCCCGUCCUCGGCAACGAGUUUGUUCAAGUCGGCUAUACGGUUCCGCGAGAGGGCGUGACUCCUUCUGUGGACAGUAUGAUCAAGGAGAAGAAGCCCGACGAAUUCCAGACAUAUGCGACCGGACGCCAGAACGUCGCCUUUGUCGACGUCAAGUUGACUCUUUACAAGCGCUUCAGUCCCUUUAUGUGGUUGAGCGAAGCCAUGCUUCCCCUGUUCUUCGAGAGCUUCGCUCCCCCCACGGAGCGCAUCGAGGCUACCGCAUACGCUUUCGAUGGUCGUGAGACUAAGUUUGCGCCUGCGUAUGGCCAGGGCGACGCGAAGAAGGUCGCCAACAGCGCUUACGAUGGAUUCGUUUUCGCUGUUGUACACAAGGAUAUCAUGAAGCGCAUGCGCGAUGAGCGCUACGAUCUGUCUCUGACUACAACUCGCGACCACGCCAAGUUGCCUGUCUGGACUACGGUUAUGAGCGAGAGCGCAGAGGUCACCGACAUGCUCCUUACCCCUGAGCUCAUCAAGGCUGUUAAUGACGCUGGUGACAACUUCGAGGCCAUCAUUGUUAGCGACCAGCCGAUGAACGCGCCCAAGACUCUUGACGAAACCAAGCCUCGCAAGCGUCUCAGCCUUUCCCUGAAGUUCGCCUCAGACUACUCCGCUACCCUCCCCAUCUUCCAGUACUUCCUCCGCCUCCCCGACCAACUCGCUUCCGCGGGACAUUUCCGUCCUGAAGCCCUCCGCCGCAUCAAGCAGACGCGCGAUGAGCAGAUUGCUAAGAUCCGCAAGGCAGAAGACGAGGAGAAGGCCGAGGAAAGGAAGCUGGCAGCAGACAAAUUGAAGAAGGAGCAGAGGGAUGCAAAGUUGGGCAGACUGAGUGCGGAAGAGCAGCGCAAGUUUUUGGAAAAGGAGCGCGAGAAGAACGCACGCAAGGGCAUGAAGAGGAGUACUGUCAAGGCGUAG